AUGUCGUACUUGCAAUGUACGCCAGCAACGAUACAGGUACCAUGUACAGGUGGUACAACAACGCAUAUCCUUGAAGCAAUUGGUACUGAACGAUUAGCAUUUAAGGUGAAACUGAAGCAAAAAUAUUAUGAUUUAUAUAGGGUAUCACCACCACUUGGUUUUGUAAAACCUGGUAUGAAGAAGGAGCUUUUUCUACGACGAUUACCUGGAAAACCAGGAAAAACAAAAUUGGUAGUGGAAUAUAUAGCAUCACCACAGGGUUAUGAUCCAAGAAAACCAUUUGUUGAUGGAGCUGAUGUUGGCGUUUUAGACUUACGUGUAAGAGCAUAUAGCGACAAAAGAUUACCAGAUAAAGUGGGAAAGAUAGCGGGUAAAUUGGUGACAAAAGCAGGACAAAAGUUUACUCCAGCACCAGGUUAUGAUGAUCUUAAAUUGGAAACGGAAAUUGAUGAAAUUUAUAAAGAUAAAGAUAAGCUAACACCAGGUGAACAAGAAGGAACAAAAGAAAAGGAAAAGAAAGAUAAAACUGAAAAGGAAGAAGAUGAAAGUAGUUCAAGUAAUGGAGAUGCUUAUUUGUAA